CCCCCCCCCCCGCCGCAGGCGGAAAAGUUUCUCUGAGGGCGAUCGAGCUCUCGGACCCCGCUCGGGCUACUCGCACCGCGGCUGGCCGUUCUCGUCGCUACGCGCGGGCAUGCGAGGCCUUCGGCGCCGACACUGAGAGGCGAGGAGCAGGCGGCGGCGAUCGGCGUGUCCAGCCUGGUGUGGGAGUCGGUGCUAGUCGUGGGAGGGAGUGAAGGGGGUUGGCACGGACCUGAGUCACAACAGAUUAUCGUCUAUCCAGACAAGUUCCCUGAGCCACCUCCAAAGCCUCCGAGAAGUGAAGCUGAAUAACAAUGAGUUGGAGGCCAUUCCAGACCUGGGACCAGUCUCAGCAAAUAUUAGGCAGCUCUCCUUGGCUGGGAAUAGCAUUGAUGAAAUCCUCCCUGGGCAGCUGGAAGCCUUUCAGUCCCUUGAGGCCUUGGACCUGAGCAACAACAAUAUUUCAGAGCUUAGAACUGCAUUUCCACCCUUACAACUCAAGUAUCUGUAUAUCAAUAGCAACCGAGUUAUGUCCAUGGAACCAGGGUAUUUUGACAAUUUGGCGAGCACACUCCUGGUGCUGAAGCUGAACAGGAAUCGAAUAACAGCUAUCCCCCCCAAGAUGUUUAAACUGCCUCAGCUGCAGCAUCUUGAGCUGAACCGGAACAAGAUUAAGAACGUGGAUGGGCUCACAUUCCAAGGGCUGGGGGCACUGAAGUCUCUGAAAAUGCAAAGAAAUGGAGUAGCAAAGCUUAUGGACGGAGCUUUCUGGGGGCUGAACAACAUGGAGAUCCUGCAGCUAGACCAUAACAACCUCACGGAGAUCACCAAAGGCUGGCUCUACGGCUUGCUGAUGCUUCGGGAGCUUCACCUGAGCCAGAAUGCCAUCAACAGGAUCAGCGCUGAUGCCUGGGAGUUCUGCCAGAAACUCAGCGAGCUGGACCUGACUUUCAACCACUUAUCUCGGCUAGAUGAUUCCAGUUUCCUCGGCCUAAGCCUACUAAAUACCCUCCACAUUGGGAACAACAAAGUCAGCUACAUUGCUGAUUGUGCCUUCCGGGGGCUUUCCAGUUUAAAGACUUUGGAUCUGAAAAAUAAUGAAAUCUCAUGGACCAUUGAAGACAUGAAUGGAGCCUUCUCUGGGCUGGACAAAUUGAGGCGUCUAAUACUCCAGGGAAACCGCAUUCGAUCUGUUACCAAAAAGGCCUUCACUGGUUUGGACGCAUUGGAACAUCUAGACCUGAGUGACAACGCCAUCAUGUCUCUGCAAAGCAAUGCGUUUUCCCAAAUGAAGAAACUUCAGCAACUGCAUUUAAAUACAUCAAGCCUUUUGUGUGAUUGCCAGCUAAAAUGGCUCCCACAGUGGGUGUUGGAGAAUAACUUCCAGAGCUUCAUAAAUGCCAGUUGCGCCCACCCUCAGAUGCUAAAAGGGAGAAGUAUUUUUACUGUCAGCCCAGACGGCUUUGUGUGUGAUGAUUUCCCUAAACCCCAGAUCACAGUUCAACCAGAAACACAGUCAGCAAUAAAAGGCUCCAAUGUGAGUUUUACCUGCUCAGCUGCCAGUAGCAGCGACUCCCCAAUGACUUUUGCUUGGAAAAAAGACAAUGAACUACUGCAGGAUGCUGAGAUGGAGAACUACGCACACCUCCGGGCCCAAGGGGGUGAGGUGAUGGAGUACACCACCAUCCUGAGGCUGCGCAGCGUGGAAUUCACCAGUGAAGGGAAAUACCAGUGCGUCAUCUCCAACCACUUUGGUUCAUCAUACUCUGUCAAAGCCAAGCUCACUGUAAACAUGUUGCCUUCCUUCACCAAGACCCCCAUGGACCUCACCAUCCGAGCCGGGGCCAUGGCCCGCCUGGAGUGUGCUGCCGUAGGACACCCUGCACCACAGAUAGCCUGGCAGAAGGAUGGAGGCACAGACUUCCCAGCUGCCCGGGAGCGGCGUAUGCACGUGAUGCCUGAGGAUGACGUCUUCUUCAUAGUGGAUGUGAAGAUCGAAGACAUCGGGGUAUACAGCUGCACUGCUCAGAACAGUGCGGGCAGUGUUUCCGCGAAUGCGACCCUGACUGUGCUAGAGACACCAUCAUUUUUGCGGCCUCUGUUGGACAGAACUGUCACCAAGGGAGAAACAGCGGUCCUGCAGUGCAUCGCUGGUGGGAGCCCACCGCCCAGGCUGAACUGGACAAAAGAUGACAGCCCAUUGGUGGUGACCGAGAGGCACUUUUUUGCAGCAGGCAAUCAGCUGCUGAUCAUCGUGGACUCGGAUGUCAGCGAUGCCGGAAAGUACACGUGUGAAAUGUCCAAUACCCUGGGCACCGAGAGAGGCAACAUGCGUCUCAGUGUGAUUCCCUCUCCCACCUGCGACUCCCCUCACAUGACCGCCCCGUCCUUAGACGAUGACGGAUGGGCCACCGUGGGCGUCGUGAUCAUAGCCGUGGUUUGCUGUGUGGUAGGCACAUCCCUCGUGUGGGUGGUCAUCAUAUACCACACAAGGCGGAGGAAUGAAGACUGCAGUAUUACCAACACAGAUGAGACCAAUUUGCCGGCCGAUAUCCCUAGUUAUUUGUCAUCUCAGGGAACAUUAGCUGAGAGACAGGAUGGGUACAUCUCCUCAGAAAGCGGAAGUCACCACCAGUUCGUUACUUCUUCAGGAGGUGGAUUUUUCUCACCGCAACAUGACGGUGCUGGGACCUGCCACAUGGACAACAGCAGUGAAACCGACAUGGAAGCCACCCCUGAUCCAUUUCUCUGCCCAUUUGCGGGCUCCACAGGUCCCGUGUACUUGAAGGGAAGUAUAUACAGCCCAGAUCCGUUUGACGUUUAUCUCCCAGGUUGCAGUUCCGACCCAAGGAUAGCUCUAAUGGACCACUAUGAGCCCUGCUACAUGAAGAAAGACUGCUUCCCAUGUGCUCACCCCUCAGACGAGCCCUGUGAACGGAGCCUCAACAGCAUCCCGUGGCCACACUCAAGAAAGCUCGUGAACUCCAUGUACUCUCAGAAUGAGGGAGCUGCGGUUCAGACUCCAUGUUUAAACAAGUCCUCUUUGGAUUUUAGCGCAAGUCAGGAGCCAGCAUUGGUUACUUCAAGUAACUCUUUCAUGGGUACCUUUGGAAAACCUCUGAGGAGACCUCACCUGGAUGCCUUUUCAAGCUUUGCAAAGCCACCAGACUGUCAGCCGAGCCCCUUUCGUGUGACAACACUUUCCUCUCCAGAGUCGGACUCUGAGUCAGAGGAAGCUGAGAAAAAAAGGACAGAUCCCCGGGAGGAAAAUCACAGAUGUACUUACCAACAGAUAUUAGACACUCACAGGACUCCAGACUGCCAGCCUUGUGACUUGAACACAUAGACUGGAUGGGUCCAGAGGAAAUCUUCUACACACUACCUCAUCUGGGCUUCUAUUUAAAAGAGACAGAAUGCUAUGUUUUUAAAUGGACUUACAAAGUUUAAAAAGGAAAAAAAAUGCUUUAUUUAUACAGAGGAACAAAAAUUACAAAAAGUUAUAAAAAUUUUUUAUACUGGGAAUAACUUUCAUAUAAAAUGCGUUUUUAAAAAGUAUUUUAUAACUUUGUUUUAUAUGAAAAAUAUCUUAUGUAAAUUAAUGGUAUAAGUCCAUGAUUAUUUUAUGUAUUUUUAUAAAGCCAGAUUUCUUUUUAUUGAAGAAUGAAUGCUAAAGCCUUUUAAAUAAUCCUGUCUUACACCUUUUUUUUUUUUUUUGGAUAGAGGCCACUUCAUUCUAUUUUGCACAUUACAUUUAACAGAGUGUGUCAUUUGGUGCCAUGCCCCAUUUAUACAAUAAUAGAUUUUACUGUUUUCAAUGCAUUUUAGACCUAUCUCAUUUGUAUUAUCACAUCUCAAAUGAAUUAAAGUUACACUUAGCAUA